ACACAAGCUCUACAUCAAAUCUAAAAAAGAAAACAAACACCCACAGAAAAAUAAAAACAAGCACAGUGAAUUUUUAAAAGAAAAACAGAUCAUGAUUUGAUGGGAGGAAUCCCGCCCACGAGAUCAAGCUCCCACCAUCUCCUUCACCAUUUUCCUAAAAAAAUUCCUCUGUUUAGAGUUAUACCUAAUGAUGACAACCCUCGAAGAUGGAAUCUCUCUUGAAACUCGACGAUCUCCUUUCUCAAACACCGUCUCCUUCCAACAGAAAACCCCUCUUUUUUCUCCGCCGUCGACACCAGACUUCAAGCCAAAAUAACACCCCCCCCAUUUCUAACCUUUAAACCCCUAUUUAUAGCCAAGGCAAAGAAACCCUAGAACCUCAUUCUAGAACUCACCACUCUAGGCCUUUAGAAUUUGCCCUUUUUUGGGCCUCUCCGAUCUUUACCUUUUUACAAAAAUCUGUGAAAUGCAUUUGGGCCUUAAUCUACGCCAAAUUCAUCCUGUCAUCACCCACUCGUGAUCUGUAGCUAGCAUAGAUUUGGUCUGCAGAUCUGUUUCAGUUGGAUGAAGAUUGAGAUUUCGCCGAAUCGCUGCAUCCUCGUGUGAUGAGCACCGCUGUCGCAAAUUGACAGAUCUAGCUUCAAUUGCUCCUGUUCUGCUGUUCACUCGUCGACGUAAUGACCACCACCAUCACCGACCUGCAGAUUCGGGCGUAUCUUCCCUGUGUUUGACAUUCACUCGCCUCUGGUCUUCUUCGGUAGCCAUGAAUCAACUACAGAUUGAAAAGAAGAACGCAAAACAUGGAAUGGAGGGGUGGGAUAGCAGAUGAGGGAAGAGGUGGAGGUUUGGUGCUUAUCGAAGGGUUUGGAAGAGAAAGCCAACGGUAAUGACCCGAGGAAGAGCAAGAGGGAUGGCUGCUGGCUGUUGUGAGGGAAGAGGAAAUCGGGGAAGAGAAAAUGAAAAAGAUUGAUGAGAUGAAAAUCUAUGGUGAUCGGACAAAGGAAGCCAGCUACUGGUCGGUUGAAGAAGAUUUUUGCUUGACCAAAAAAGUUAGUCUGAAAUAGGAAGUUUUCUAGUAGUGGGUUCUCAUGAGAUUUUUAAUGGGUGUUGGUGUUGGUUCUUAGGGUUGGUGAGGAUAAGGGUUGGUUUUCAUGGGAUUCUUGUUGGGUAUUAAUAUUAGAUGAAGGAUUAGAUGAAUGAAACACGAAACUUUAG